AUGCUUGCCAUGUUCACCUUAUUUCUUGGCUUGGCCAUACAAGAAGACCCAGACUCAUCAACCAAAGGUGACCCAGCAAAUGCAGACGAUAAGCUUCGCCCAGCUAAGAUCCGGGGGUGGAUGGGGUUCUCGCAGGAGCAGGAAGCUAUAUGGGAGGAUCUCAUGGGCAUCGAUUUUGUCACCCAGCGCCACUUUGUGCCGCUGAUUGUGCUGAAGCGGUAUGGGGAAGACGUCCGACAAAGCAUGUUGAGUUCAGAGCUUGAUCUCGGCUAUUUUGAACACUUCACGAUAGAGUCGGUGUUGCCGAUAUUAUCAAGGAACUCUAUGCAAGCCCGCAAGUCCGAAAACUCUUUCGCCUUAAGGGAAAUGUGA